AUGAACUCUGUAAACCCAAGCGAGGAGUGCUGCUUUUUUCAAUAUUACUAUGGCUGGAGCACCGAACGACGAGAUCGGGCGAUAUUCCAACUGUUCGACACCGGCUGGACUUUCGUACAGACUUUCAAUCUGUGGUACCGUAGACUGGACGAACCAUCGUCGGGUCGACCAUCACUGAUGCCCGACAUGCAGUUUGUUUACUGGGAUGUCCUAGAUUGGAUCAAGAAACCUCUCAGUUCAAGAACGCUGGAACAAAUUCAGGCAACGAUAACGAAUCGUUUCCCCAACCGGAUGCCGUUGCAGGAUAACUUCGCCAUGGAAACCUUCGACGAACUUUUGUACUGUUAA